AUGAAAAGGAAUCAACAAAAAUAUCAAUCUAUAAAUAAUGAUAUAGACGAAGAUGAAUCUUUUUUAAAUAAUAAUAAUAAUAAUAAUAACGAACAGGAUAGAUAUAGUAUAAAUAGUAAACUUAGCAAUAGUAGCAGUAGCGAUAGUUUCGAUGAAUAUAGAGAUGAUAAACAAUUAUUAAAAAAGAAUAAAAGCUAUUGGGAUAGCGUUUACGAUAAACAUCACCCAGGUAUAGGAAAAACAAAAAAAGAAAGAAUAAUACUAUGGUUUAGAACAUUAUUUUAUAAUUGGAAACAUUUCUUUAGACAUACAUUAAGGGUUAAUCUUAGAAAUAAGCUAUCCUAUUCAUUAGGGUUUUCAGCAUGUUUCCUUGUAGUUUUCAUUGUAUCAUUAUGUGUAUCAAUUAUUACAAAUACUCCAGUUGUUUUUUUAAGUUUAUCAGAAGCAUCAGUAGGUGAAAUGGAUUUAGUAUUAACAUCAAACUCCUUUACUCUAUCGAAUCAAUUCAACUAUACAAUGAUAUCCGAGUUAUUAGCAGGUACUUAUUUAAGUCCAAACGGUCAGAACUACACAGACUAUUCAGAAUCCUCAUCAGAUUUUCAAGAUGAUAGCUACCAUACACCAAGAAUUGUAUAUGAAAUUAAUGCUGUAAGCGCUUCAUCAUGUCCAAAUGGCGAUAUCAACUCUAAUCUUUGGAAAUAUCAUAAUGCAACAAAUGCAAAUCAAGAUUGUGAGCCACAUUGUUUUGAUAAUGUAUGCUCACUUUCAGUCCCAAGCAAAGCUGAUUUAUAUGUCAUCGACUCUCAAAAAGAAAAACGUAUGGGUCUAGGUCGUGAUUGGUCAUUACCCUCACCCGACCAAGGUAAAGUUUUUAUUCAAUCAAAGGUAGCAUCCAAACUUUCAGUUUCAAAAGGCGAUUAUUUAUACCUUCGUAUUUCUGCCACUGAUUUCCUUUCUUCAAUUUGGGUUAAUGCUGAUCCAACCAAUUCAACUUUACCAAUUAUUUAUUUAACUGUUCAAAUUCAAGAUGUUUUCGACAAAAGAAAAGGCAAAUUUGAUAACAGCGAAGAUACAGCCAUUGUUAUAGACUAUGCCACAUUUAUACCAUUUUUAUAUACACAAUUAGAUCCAGAAAUGAAAGAAUCAUCAAAAGAAUUUAUUAAAGAUAUUAAUUUAUAUGAAUAUACUCAAAUUAUGAUUGUAAAUUUACCACCAUCAAGAUUGGAACCAUAUAUAAAUUCAAACCAAGAUACAAUUUUACAACAUAUCGUCGAUUUUUCAAAUAAGAUUUUAUAUAAAAUUGGGUUCAAUGAAUUUUCAUCUUCGUUACCAGUAAUGGGUCAAUUAUCAAAGAAUCGUUAUGUUGCAUUGUUUUUAGGUUUAAUUUUAAAUGUAAUCAUCUUCAUUUUAUUGUUCCUUUCAAUUCUAUUAAUUUACUCGUUGUUAAUGAUUGAUGUAGAGACUCGUACAUUCGAAAUGGGUGUAAUGAGAAUGAUUGGUACAACACGUAAUGGUAUUAUUCAGCUAAUGUUAUUCAAGGCCUUCUCUUAUAGUGUUCCAUCUUGGGCAUUGGGUUUAUUAGUAGCUCAAAUAUUUGGUUUUGUUGUAUCUGCUAUAUUCAAAUCGAUUACAGGUGUACCUAUUCCAACCAGACUUACUGGAGAAUCAAUUUUAUUGGCAACAGCUUUAGGUAUAAUUAUCCCAAUUGCCUCAGCAAUUUUCCCAAUUCGUAGUGCUUUAGGUAAAAACUUACACGACUCUUUAGAUGUUAAGCACUCAAAGACAAUGGCUGUUCAAAUCUCAAUCGAACGUUCAGAAGAUAAUAAUUUCUCAUCAGGUGUUGCUCUUAUUGGUUUAAUUUUAUCAGUAUUUGGUUUUGGCAUUUACUACGUUUUCCCAUUGUCACUUUUAUCGUUCAAUCUUACCUUGCUAUUAAAUAUGUUUUUCAUGUUACUUAUUGCCAUGCUUUUAGGUCUUGUCAGUUUAGCAUUAAAUGUAGAGCAAAUUAUCGAGCGUUUAGUCGUCUAUUUAUUCUUGUUCUGGGAAAAGCAAGCUAUCAAGUCAAUUAUCGUUAAAAAUUUAGUUGCUCAUAAAUUACGUAAUAGAAAAACUGCCAUCAUGUAUGCUGUAUCUUUAUCAUUUAUUAUUUUUGUAAAUGUCUCAUACUCUAUGCAACAGUCCUCAAUGAAUUAUGAAGUCCAACAAAGUUAUGGUAGUUAUCUUACUAUUAAAUCAAAAGAGUCUUUCUUUACACAAGAGGACACAUAUCUUAUCGACUCAUUCCUCAAUCAAAUGAACCCCGAAAUCGCAGAUUAUGCUUGGGUGACCUCAUCAUAUUCAAUUAUAACUCAAACUUAUCAAAGCUCACAAAUUACCAAUUUAGGUCAUAUUUAUAGCGAUAAUACAAAUCUUUAUGCUGUAUCACCCAAUUUUUUCACCACCACUUUACCAGGCUUCCUUAAAGCCAACAGCAUAGCAACAGAUCCAGACUAUCCUUUAGGUGAUAUCAAUUAUCUAUCUGAACAAAUUUAUUCUAUUUCUAGUGGAAAUAAACUAUUGAUUGGUUCACUAUAUGAAUCUAAUAUUGGUGCAUCACUUCAACAACCAUUUUUACUUCAAUUAAAUCUUAAAAAAUCAUCUACAAGUGAAAAUAAUCAAACUAGAUAUUUAGUCGAACCAGUAGCAAUGUUAGAUUCAGCACCAAUAUUUAAAUUUUCAAAGUUCCCAUCGGUUUUAAGUCAAGAUUCGAUUGUAUCGCUUCCAUCAUUCCUUUCAUACUCUUCAAGUGUAUUCUCGUCAGUUCGUGAAUUACCAAUGAAAUCAGUAGUAUUAAAGCUUAAUACAUCAAACAAAAACAGUGUUGAAGCUAUUAAAACUCGUAUAUUCAACUAUUUAAAUACAAAUUUAAACGAAGAUUUUACCAUUUUAGAUUACUAUGACAAGAUUGCACCAAAUGCCACAGCUAGUAAAAUUAUUCAGUACUUUUUCUCUUUCACCACCAUUUUAGCAAUGUUAAUUUCAUUCUUUUCAUUAAUGUCAUCAGUAUAUUCAAAUAUUUUAGAGCAAACUAAAGAAAUUGGUGUAUUAAGGGCAGUCGGUAUUCCAAAGAGAUGGAUGAUUAGAAUUUAUGUUUACGAAUCAUUUGUACUAGUUUUAUCAUCAUCAUUUUUAGGUGUUUUCAUUGGUACCAUAGUAGGUUGGACUAUGAUUCUUCAACGUGUACUUUUCACCCAAUUACCAAUUCCAUUCGAAUUCCCAUGGCAACUUUUAAUUGUAAUUUUCCUUUGUUCAAUGGUAUUCUCUUUCUUCUCUGCAUUUGGUCCAAUUAGAAAAGUUUUAAAUCAACCAAUAGUUAAUAUUAUGAGAGUUGUAACUUAA